AGUCACCAAAUUCCAAAUAACCCUUUUUUUUUUUCUUUUCUUCCUUAAUUUGAUGGUUUCAACGUUUUGAAUAUUCUUGGCAGUUGUCACAUUCUCAUUCCAACUUAAUUAUGAUCAUACAAAUAUAAAAUACUUAAAUAUUCUUACCAAAACAAAAACAAAGAAUGGAGAGAGAUAAUAGGAGAAGAGACGAGGAUAGCACGCAUCCAACAUUGACAACUACCAUACCCCCUUAACUAAAAUCCACCCCAAAAUACUAUCCAUUUUUUCUACCUUCAUUCUUAAGCCUCCCCGCACCCCCCUCUACCCGCCCUCUUUUCUUUAAUCCAAUCCCUUUUUCCUAAUCAUAAUCCAUCUUUUUUUUCCUACUUAUACGCCAUACCCUUUUUUCUUGUCUGUGUGAGGUGGUUGAGCUUCUUUUUGUUGUUGUUGUUGAAUUAGAUUAGAUUAGGAUUUUUUGUUAUUGUUGAUUGAGAGAGAAAAGAGAAUGGAGGGAAUGAUGGAAAAGGGUGUAUUGGAUGAUAUAAUAGGGAGAUUAUUGGAAGAGAAGGGAGGGAAACAAGUUCAGCUAUCUGAGGCUGAGAUCCGACAGCUUUGUGUCAAUGCUCGACAGAUUUUCCUUUCUCAGCCUAAUCUCCUCAAGAUUCGUGCCCCCGUUAGGAUCUGUGGUGACAUACAUGGGCAAUUCCAAGACUUAUUAAGACUUUUUGAAUAUGGUGGCUUUCCUCCUGCUGCAAACUACCUUUUCCUUGGGGAUUAUGUCGACAGAGGCAAGCAAAGUUUAGAAACAAUAUGUUUGCUAUUGGCUUACAAAAUAAGGUACCCAGACAAGAUCUUCCUUCUUAGGGGGAAUCAUGAAGAUGCGAAAAUCAACAGGGUGUAUGGAUUUUAUGAUGAAUGUAAAAGGAGAUUCAAUGUUAGGCUUUGGAAGAUCUUCACCGACUGCUUUAAUUGCUUGCCUGUUGCUGCACUUAUAGAUGAAAAGAUCCUUUGCAUGCAUGGUGGGAUUUCGCCCGAGCUAAAGAGUCUAGACCUAAUAAACGAAAUUCAGCGGCCAGCUGAGAUUCCAGAUGGUGGCUUGUUGUGUGAUCUGUUGUGGGCUGAUCCUGACCCGAGAAUCAAGGGUUGGUCAGAUAGUGAUCGAGGUGUUUCUUGUACUUUUGGACCUGAUGUAGUUGCCGAAUUUUUGGCUAAGAAUGAGUUGGACCUCAUCUGCCGGGGUCAUCAGGUGGUUGAGGAUGGAUAUGAAUUCUUUGCUAAGCGAAGGCUUGUGACUCUAUUUUCUGCUCCCAAUUAUGGUGGAGAAUUUGAUAACGCGGGUGCCUUAUUAAGCGUUGAUGAGCAACUCGUAUGCUCCUUUGAAAUAUUGAAACCUUUAUUGUCUAGCAGUUCAAAGUUGCCCCUUAAGAAGCCACCUAAGGCUGGAGGGAUGUGAUACAGUAGAAAAGUGUACAUGGAGAUUUAUCCAGUAUAUAGCGAAGAAUGCCAGCAGUACUCUUUAAUAUUCUGUUAUUGACACAAGCCUUCCUUUCCGAAUACCUUUUUGGCUUUGGAACUGUGGAUAGGUCAGGGAUAUUGCUGCUAAAGGAAGAAAGAAUUCUGUAAAUCGGCAACAUAACAUAUCCUCAGAAGAUCUAAGAUAUUUCUGUUGUUUACAUUAGACACCUUUUGUUUACUUCUGGUAUUUACUAGUUUGACAAUUGUUGAUUGAAAUGAGUUGCUCUUUUCUGUCCAAUAGUUCACACAUUCUGUAAGGUUACAGUUUAUGAAUCUUCUAUUUUUAAUGAUAACACAACCAUUUUGUAACUUCUA